ACACAACGCCCGUUGUACUAGGAGAAGCCUUGACGUGCCGACUAACCAGGAGGGACUUUUUCAGCGCGAGUAAUAGUUUUAACGGCGUAGCGCCAGCAGCGGCGGUAGGGUCAGCUAAGAAAGCGCGUUUGUUCGCGUCUCAAGGCAGCUAGUAGCGGAGCGGCUAGAGCGAGGCGAAAAGGAGAUAGUACUCGGCUUGCCUCGAUGCGUCCUUAUAGCGCGGAUGAACGACGUAGCGAGACGAGAUGUUAUAACGAUCGCGCGGAGAGUCAGCAGAGCGUGGGAAGCCGCGAAUCUACGGGAAGAACUUUUGAGUUCAACGUUCUGCUAAAAAGUAAUCUCGGAAGCCAAUCUACGGCGGGAGUUAAAGACUCGUUCUUGCGGCCCCGUUCCCGCACGCCUCACGACGGUUUGAAUUCAAUCCGUGGAUCAGCAAGCGAAUCUACGGCUGAAAGUAAAGACUCGUUCUUGCGGCCCUGUUCUCGCACGCGCCGCCGGGUGACGUCGCGCGGUUCGAGGUUGUACCCGUUAGAGUCAGCCUCGAUCUAUCGAGUUCCCCGGUUCUUCUCCCUUCGCAGCCGCGUUAUUAUCAUCCAUCUCUUUCUUCUACCAGUGUUCUCAGGCACGGGUCCUCCAGGCUCGCAGAGCGUAGUACCCGAUACAAGCAACCCCUAUACAAGCUACCCUGAUGCAAGCAACCCCGAUACCAGCACGAACAGAUUACUCAACAACAAGGCGGCAAACCCGAUACAAGCUGAUUCGUCACGCGCUGUAGAGAGAACUAGCGCCAGACACGUUUCUUUCUACUGGCUAAGCCUUUCUCCAUCCCUCCUUGCGUCCGCAGCGCCCCUGCGUACCGGACCUAGAAGAAAGCUUUGGCCGCGGCAUCUGACGCCCAGGCUCGGACCGAACCAGACUGCCAGGUUCGGCGGCUCCCUAGUGUCAAGCUUCGAAUAUAAGGGGAAUGGAGGCAAUAGCAGCAGCGCGUCAGACAGUAACGGGGAUAGCAGCAGGAAUGGUAGCAGUAGGAGCACUGCUACCACCAACAAUAGCAUCAACAGCACCAGUAGCAGUAACAACAGCACUGCCAGUAGCAGCAGUGGCAGCGGUACUGGCAACAGCAGCAACAGCAGCACCAGCACCAGCAUCAGCACCAGCAACAGCAUCGCCGGCAGCCCUUCCGGUAGCAGCAGCAGCAGCAGCAGCAGCAGCAGUGGCAGUGCUAGCAGCGGCAACAGCAGCAGCAGCAACAGCAGCAGCGGCAACAGCAGCAGCGGCAACAGCAGCAGCGGCGGCAGCACAGGAUUCGGCGACUGCAGCACGACAUGCAUUGCCUUCUCAGUCGCCAUAACCCUCUGCAUUGUCAUGUGGCCCUGCGCUGUAGUUUGCAUAAUCUGCGCCAUCUGCAGUAUUGCCGCGGCUAGACGCCGCCGCCGCCGAGCCGCGUGGCGAGGCUCGGAGAACGGCAGGCUCGGGGGAUGGUUCGGGGGCGGUCGGACGCCGUCCAACCCUCUGCUCCGGUCGUUGCGGUUGCUUCGGCAGCAGGGGCAGGGGCAGGGGCAGGGGCAGGGGGAGGGGGAGGGGCAGGAGGAGGGGAGAGGAGGGGGAGAGGAGGAUGUGGAGACUCAGCAGCAGCAGGUGCUUCCGUGGCGGGAACGAUGGCAAGAAUUGGAGUUAGAGUUUUUGCAGGGAAGGCAACAGCAGGAGCAUUUACCGGGAAGGCAGCAGCAGGAGCGGGAGCAGCAGCAGUUGUGGCAGCAGCUGCUGCUACAGCCGCGCAUGAACAGUGUCGCCCGGGGGGCGGGCGGCAGCGGUUCACUAGCGGACGAUCGUAGCCGGCCGUUCGGGCUCCUAUCUCCCACGGCUGCUGCUGCUCUCUCUUCUUCGCUUGCUGCUGCUGCUGCUGCUGCUGCUGCUGCUGCUGGUGGGGGGAGAAGCAGGAGAGUUGGGAGUGGAGGAGGAGUAGGAGGAGGAGUAGGAGGAGGAGGAAUAAGUGGUGGGUCGUAUGUGUUGCCUGUGCAUGUGGUUUGGGGGGAAAGAAAGGGCGAAACUGGGGGAGAAGGGGAGGGAGGAGGGGUGAACCGAGACGGUCAGAUGGGGGAUGAUCAUGGUAAGGCAGGGAGUUUAGAGGUGGAGCAGGGAGCAGGAAAACUAGCAGAGGUGGGGGAAGCAGAGGAGGCAGAGGCAGCAGCAGAGGGGGCAGCAGAGGGGGCAGCAGAGGGGGCAGCAGAGGGGGCAGCAGAGGAGGAAGCAGCAGCAGCAGCAGCGGUGUUGACACCUGGCAUGCUGCGAUUGGCUGCUGCUGCUGAGGCGGCUGCAGCAGCAGCAGCAGAGGCGCAGGAGAGGGGAGAGGAGGAGUUUUUCUGCCCCAUCUGCCUGUGUGACUUUGAAAAGGGACAAUCCGUCUGCUUCCUCCCCUGCACGCACUCGUACCACUCGGAGUGCAUAGUGAAUUGGCUUUCCAAGCGCCCCGUGUGCCCCGUGUGCAAGGGGCCGGCCUUUGUGCUUGAUUCAGGGGAGGAAGAGAGAGGGGGGCAGGGCGCAGGGGAGCAGGGCGCAGGGGAGCAGGGCGCAGGGGAGCAGGGCAGAGGGGAUCAGGGCAGAGGGGAGCAAAGGACGCCUCAAAUGCAAGAAGAGCCGCAGGAGCAACUGGCGCAGCAGCAGCAGCAGCAGCAGCAACAGGAGGAAGUCGAAGAGGAGGGGGAACAGGAGCAGCUACCCCCAUGGCGGGAGCCUUGGCAGGAGGGGGGGCGGCAGGUGGGGGAUGCGGAAGAGGUGGUGGUGGUGGUGGAAGGGGAGGAAGAGUGGGUGAGCCAGCAGCAGCAGCAGCAGCAGAACCAACACCAACAGGAUCAGCAGCAGCAGGAAAGAGAGGACGUGCCUCUAGCUGGUGCAGGGUUAACUGAUGCAGGGCUAACUGAUGCAGGGGUAACUGGUGCAGUGGUAGCUGAUGCAGGGGUAAGGGAGAGUUAGGCGCCUCAAUACAUUCAUCACUUAAAGCCCAGUCCCCUGCCUCUCGUCCGCACGCCCCUUAGCGGAUCCAGUUCCGCUGCUUGCAUCUCCAACUGCAAGGGGAGAGUUAGGGGGGUUGAGGGGUUUUUCAAGGGGUCAGGUUAAAGGGUAGGCGUCUCAACACAUCCAUCACCCCUCUCCGUCCGCCCCCUGCCUCUUGUCCGCACGCCCCUCAGCGGAUCCAGCUCCGCUGCUUGCGUCUCCAACUGCUAGGUUCGGGAGGAGGACGGAGGGGAGGGGAGGGGGGGGAUGAUUGAGGGGGCAGCAGCAAGAGCAGCAGCAGGGUGAAUAAUCUCGGAAGUAGAAUGAGCAGCAUGAGGAGGAUCCGAGGAGGAGCAGCACAAGAAGUUGGAACAUGGGUGACUGGUGUAGGUUCAAGGGGUGAUGCUGCAGGGUGAUCAUAAUGAGGAAGGUUUGGGGGGGAAGCAGCAAGAGCAGCAGCAGGGUGAAUAAUCUCGGAAGUAGAACGAGUAGCUGGAGGAGGAUCCGAGGAGGAGCAGCAGCACAAGUAGCUGGAACAUGGGUAUAAAAGAAGCACUUGAUGUGUGUGGAUUGGAGAGAUUGGAAGAUCGUGAUAAUCUGAUAAAUCAGCCCAUGGUGUGAGUGAGUGGCGAUCAAAGAUGGUGGUGAUGCAUGUAUGGUGAGUUCAAUCUUGAACCCCCCAUGUGGCACUAGGUCAGGGGAGUUUGUCUAAGCCAUGCCCUGUUGAAGGAUUUUUGUUAUAACUUGGGAGAGUCCUGGAGUCUAUUACUUCAAUGUGCCCCAAACAGAGCAAGGGUAGAAUGGAAUUGAACGUGUGCUGUGUGCUGAACCAAAGAGGGGACUCAAAUGAAUGGGUGUGGCAGGAGCAAAGCGCGUACUUCCAGAUAUGGACGAAAAAGCCAAGACAAGUCUCAGGUGAUGAAUUGACUCUGUCGCAAGUGAGGCAUCAGAAUAGGGUUUAGGGUGAUGCGAGAGGAUAAUGACAAGGCAAGAGGCGAGCGGCUCUCGCUGGAGGAGAGGCGACGCGAUAGGAGAGGCUUUGCGGUAGGAGAGAGGGGACGCGAAGGAAUGUAGCGACUCGAUAAGAGAGAGGCCUCGCGGUAGGAUAGAGUGAGACGAGGCGAGGGGAGAGAUGUGAGCUGAGAGGAGAGAAGUAAGGCGUGAGGAGACAGACGACGCGGGAGGACAGAGGCAUCGCAAGAGGAGAUGGGCGGAUCGAAAUUCGAGAGGCGACGCCAGAGGAAAUAGCGACACGUGGUGAGAAGAGAGAGUUUCGGGCUCCAGGACCAGCACAAUGGCACAUCCCAGCAUAAACUCCCUCGGCUACGCUUUCUUUUGCGGAAUGCAACGACUGGGCCUUUGUGCUCAGAUUCCAUCCCAAAAGCGACUGCAAAAGACUAUCACCGGCACAUGCAUGAUCUAGGCAAUGCAGCAAAGUGUAUUUUGAGCCAUCGGCCAAACCCAAUGACUUUCACUAGGUUAGUUGAGAAACUGUCAG